UAACUUAUCGAUAUCCGCGAGCCAUCGAUGCCCAUGGUUGCACCACGAUUACUAUAUUUUGGCGCACGCGAAGCGCCCAGUUAUAGGAAUUUUAUUGUUUCUGGUUGUGUUUGAUUUUUAAGUAGCACAAUUGAGUGAUAUAAUGAAACUGAGUGCGGGUUCACACUCCGAAAUCGAGGGUGAAGGCGCCCAGAGUAAUGUGUCGUGCAAUCCCCAGGUCCCUGUGGAGAUAGCUACUGAUGCAGAGGCGGUGGCGGCGGCGGCGGCCAACGCCGAGUCAGAGGCCCCAAAUCAGCAAACCGUCACCGAUAUAACGGCGAGCAUAACGGAGCAUCAUGAUGCGCCAGAGAAGCCUCCGGAGAAACUGGCCGCGAUAUCUGUUGACGUGGAAAUGGAUGCCGACGCAGACAAACCAUCCGCUGUCUCAGACUCCCCUGCUGGCAGGCAGCUGCAGAAGCCGCCACAGCAGCGUCUCUCAGCCAUGAACAGGAAGCGCGAUCUAAUCAAUUUGCAGUCGGCCCUGAGCCCCAAAUACAUCGGCUAUGCCAACGCCAACUCACCCACGCCACUUUCGGAAUCGGACGAAACGAUACGCACAACGAGGAGACGCCUGAACCAAGCGGCGGCGGCCCUCAACAGCAGCAGUACCGGCGAGAGCCUGUCCCGGGACAAUGAUUCACCAAAGACCGUUGGUCCAGGAAACGGUGCUGUCGAAGGAGGCGGUAUCAAGCAAUAUAUGAGCCCCAUAGAAAAGUUGCUGAUGAAGAACGGAGCCAGUUCGCCGAACAGCACGGGGUUUGAGGCGGAUGCCGAAGAUCUGGCUGUCCGGCCCGUUCGAAAGCAGCUCAAGCGCAAGAUGAAGAGAAUGAGCAAAGCCAAGGUAGCCAUCGGUGUGGAUAGCCCACCUCUGAUUAAAGAAAGUAAGAGCGAAGAAAUCGAUAAUGAGCCACACGAUACAGAAAAUACUUCAAAUGAAAUUAAUGAGAUAAUCACCACAAAAUGCGAGACUGAAGUUGAGACUGAAGCUGAAGCCGAGGCUAAUACUGGGGCUGUGGAAGUGGAUGUCCCAGCGGAAGACAUAACUGAAGCCGAGAAUCACGUAGAAUCUCACGCUGAAUUAAUUGAAGAGCCAAAAGAUGUGGAGAAGCCGAGCGAGCUGCCAUUUGCUCAGCCCCAGUCGACGGCCACAGAGGCCGAACUAAAAUCGCCACCAGACGUGAGUUCAAGCACAUUCACUCAACCCGAGGUCAAUAGCUCAAUGAAAUCGCCCUCCUCCGUCAGCAUAGACAGUGCGAAAGGCCUGUCCAUUGUUACCGAUCCUGGGUGGCCCACCUACCAAGUGGGCGACUUGUUCUGGGGCAAGGUCUUCUCGUACUGCUUCUGGCCCUGCAUGGUUUGUCCGGAUCCGUUUGGCCAGAUUGUUGGUAACAUGCCGAGCCAUCCGCAGCGCUCAUCCGUGGAUGCAGCCACUGUUCCGAUUCAAGUGCAUGUACGUUUUUUCGCGGAUAACGGACGAAGAAACUGGAUCAAGCCGGAGAACCUUCUGCCCUUUGCCGGUCUCCCGGCAUUCGAGGAACUUCGUGAAGAGGUUCGCAUCAAGCAUGGACCAAAGAGUGCCAAAUACAGGCAGAUGAAUCCCAAGAGGGCGAAGUUGACCAUCUGGAUGCAGGCCAUCGAGGAGGCCCAGGUCGUGACAGAGCUGCCCUACUCGGAGCGACUUGAGAAGUUUUAUCAGAUCUAUGAGAGUGUAGCCACACUUAACAAGCAGAAGCGCAAACGCACAAAUUCCAUGAUGCAGGACACCUCCGACGUGGGCAGCAGCCUCUACGACUCCACGGACAAUUUGCUCAGCCGGCAGUCCAACCAGUUGGUAGCCGUGAAGCGAGAGCGCUCCGAAUCUCCGUUUAGUCCCGCCUUCUCGCCCGUGAAGAGCAAAAACGAAACUCGUGCCAAGCGUCGCAAACUCAGCGGCGGCAUCGAGACCGAAACAGGCAGAUCCAGCCUAACAGUGAUCAAGCAGCAGACACAACUCUUUUCGGAAAAGAGUUCCCCCGACGCCUCCGUUUACGAGAAUCCGGAAUUCGGGCAGCUAUUCGAUGUCAUCAAGGAGUACGUGAUGGUCCAUCGGAACGAGGAAAAAGUGGAGAAGGUACUCCUGGCUGUGGUCAGUAACAUAUGGUCGUUGAAGCAGAUCCAACUCCGCGAGCUUGAGCGCGACAUGUCCAAUGGCCAGAUGGAGCAGCAGCUGGGCUCGGCUGUGAUGGAGCGAGGUCGAGGCGCUGGCUCCAUUAAGAGGCUGUCGAAUCGUUUGAAAACGAUGAUGGUCAGGCGGAGCAUGACCCCGGUGGUGGCACCCAGUCCAACACCGGCUAUUGUCGAGCCGGAGCGCAGACUGUCGGAAGUUACAAAGCCUAAGAAACCCGUCAACCGUCCCAUCGACGAGGUGGUUGAGGAUAUCUUGCAGCUGGACAGCAAAUACCUCUUCCGAGGACUGAACCGAGAACCGGUAUGUAAAUACUGCUAUGCGCCGGGAUUGAAUCUGCAACGAUGUUCGCGCAACUGCAACAACUGGCUGCACGGGGACUGCUUGGAGCGAAAGAAAUCCGGCACACCCCUGCCUAAAAAAGGUGGCCGAAAGAUAAAAGAGAUCUCAGCCAGCUCCAACCCGCAAACACCUGUGCCUGAUAUCGAGCAUGUGACGGGAGACGCCAACAUCAUGACACCGUUGAUCUGCCACGAGUGCAGCAUCGGAGAGCCGGAAGGGUGUGUCAUUUGCCAUCAAGUGGAGUCACCAACGGUAGCAUCAGCAGGCUCUCCAGUUAAGGAGGAGGAACCGCAAACCAUUGCGGAGGAUAAACUGCUGACUUGCAGCCAGCCCAUGUGCGGUAAACGGUUUCACGUUGGUUGCUGCAAGUACUGGCCCCAGGCCAGUAGUGGCAAGCAGUCGCCCCGCUGUCCACGGCAUGUGUGCCACACUUGCGUCUCGGACGAUCCUAGCGGCAAGUUCCAACAGGUUAGCAACUCCAAGCUGGCCAAGUGCGUCCGCUGUCCGGCCACUUAUCACCAGGACUCCCACUGCAUUCCCGCUGGCACCCAGAUGCUAACUGCCACGCACAUCAUCUGUCCACGGCACAACAUCGCCAAGGGGGACGCCCACGUCAACGUGCUCUGGUGCUACAUCUGCGUCAAGGGCGGAGAGCUGGUCUGCUGCGAAACCUGUCCCAUCGCUGUACACGCACACUGUCGAAAUAUUCCGAUCAAGACCAACGAGAGUUACAUCUGCGAGGAGUGCGAGAGCGGAAGACUUCCUCUGUACGGGGAAAUUGUUUGGGCGAAGUUCACUAAUUUCCGGUGGUGGCCGGCGAUUAUACUGCCCCCGACGGAGAUACCCAGCAAUAUACUAAAGAAGGCCCAUGGCGACAACGACUUUGUGGUGCGCUUCUUUGGCACCCACGAUCACGGAUGGAUAUCCAGGAGGAGGGUCUACCUCUACAUCGAAGGCGACACGGGCGACGGCCACAAAACCAAGUCCCAGCUGUUCAAGAACUACACAACCGGCGUAGAGGAAGCGACACGUUUCCUGAGGAUCAUUAAGACCCGCCGGCAAGAGCAGGCCAUUGGACGACAGAAUGGCAGCAAGCUCCAACCGCCUCCAUACGCCAAAAUCAAAGCCAAUAAAGCAGUAGCGCCAGUCCGGUUCAUGCAGAAUCUCGAGGAACUAAGCGCCUGCGACUGUCUGCCAGAGCACGAUCACCCCUGCGGCCCGGAGUCUGGGUGCCUCAACCGUAUGCUGUACAACGAGUGCAAUCCGGACUUUUGUCGUGCCGGUGAUCGCUGCGAGAACCGGAUGUUCGAGCAGCGCAUAUCGCCCCGCCUGGAAGUAGUCUACAUGAACGAGCGCGGAUUCGGACUUGUGUGCCGGGAGCCCAUUGCCGAGGGCACAUUUGUGAUAGAGUACGUCGGGGAGGUCAUCAACCAUGCGGAAUUCCAAGAGCGGCUCAUUCAAAAGCAACGCAAUCGGGACGAAAACUACUACUUCUUGGGCGUGGAGAAAGACUUUAUCAUCGACGCCGGGCCAAAGGGUAAUCUCGCUCGAUUCAUGAACCACUCGUGCGAGCCGAACUGCGAGACUCAGAAGUGGACGGUCAACUGUGUCCAUCGUGUGGGAAUCUUUGCCAUCAAGGACAUUCCAGCGAACACUGAGCUGACUUUCAACUAUCUGUGGGACGAUCUCAUGAACAACAGCAAGAAGGCCUGCUUCUGUGGAGCAACCCGCUGUUCCGGCGAGAUUGGCGGCAAGCUGAAAGAUGGCAGCGCCAAGGAAACGACGUCGCAGAGCGCCAAGGGCAAGAGCAGUAGCAAAUUGAAGCAUCUGGGAAAGGCCAAGGGGUCGAUGGUGCGCAUCCACAUCGGACCACCCAAAAAGGCAAAAAAACCGCCAAAGGUUAAACACAUUAGCGCGGACGAUGCGCCGGUGGAGGUGGAGGAGGUUAAAACUGAACCUAAAAUCGCCCAACAUGAUUGAUGUCAUGUAGAUGUUGUUUUUCUUAUACUUUUUUUUUUGUAAACAUUGCAUUUUGUUAUAUUUUGAAGAUUCAUUGCUGCUUGAACUCCAUUUAUAUAUACAUUUAUUACCUAUAGAUCACAGUUAUAUUUAGUAGACAAUUGGUCCACCUUACGCUCUCCAGCUCAUUUUUAUUAAAAUAAAUCAAGAAUAUGUCGUUUUAGCUGUUCUAUUUGACUAAAUUAUACGAUUAUAAAGUUUAUCAGUUCAGUAUAAAUGAUAUAUUGUA